AUGAAUAUGUUUAAAAAAAAUAUAUGUAGGGUUUAUGAAAAUAUGUUCCUAUAUUUAAAAAAAGAAAAUAUUAAUUUCAAAAAAAAAUAUUUUUGUAAGUAUGAAAAGAAUGAUGUUGAUAAGGUAAAAUUCGUAAAAUACAAAAAAGAGAGUGGUCACACAUUUUCUCACCUUUUUUUGGAAACAGAAAUAUAUUUUGAAUUUAAAGGCAAUGUAUUUUAUCGGGGACAUAACUUAAAGAGCUUGUGUGAAAUGACAACAUUUGAUGAAACAGUUUUUUUAUUGUUAUACAAAAAAUUGCCAAACAGUAAAGAACUUGAUGAAAAGAGAAAUUAUUUAAAAAAUGAAUAUAUCCGUUUUGUAGAAAAUGAGAAAAAUAUUAUAAAAAUAAUGGAAAUAUUAAAAAGUAAUAAUUUAUUAGAAUUAAUAAGAAUGUGUAUAUUAAAUUUAUCGCUAGUUGAAAAAAAUAAUAAAGACAUAAAUUUAAAUUAUUACAAAAUUUUAGCUAUCUCAUUAAGGUUAUUAUCCAUUUUUUAUUCAAAAAAUAAUUUAUGUGAAAGUAUGUUUACAGAUAAUGUAUGCUUAUUCAUUCUUCGAAUAAUUUCAAACAAUAAUAUGUUAGCAAAUAAUAUGCCAAAGGUAGAAUGUAAUAAAAGUACGUGUGUAGACAAAACCGAUGAUAUUGUGGAUAAAAAAGAUAAAGAAAAAUUGCUAAAUGUUUUAUUAACAGUAAUAUGUGAAAGUAACAUAAAUGAAAACAUAUUUUUAUUAAGAUUAAUAUCAAAUAUGAAUGAAAAAAAUAAUUAUUUUAAUAUAUACUUAUGUGCUAUUAGUUUUUAUAUAGACAUAUUUAAAAAUAUUAAUUUUGAUUUAACAUUUAAAUCAUUUUUAAAUUUAGAUAUUUAUUCAAAAAAACAAACAGACGAUGAAAUAAAUGAGGUCAUUACGAACAUACCAAAUGUUGAUUUAUUUUUUUAUAAAAAUAAUUUCUUUUUAAAAAAAAAAAAUAUUUUAAAAAAAUAUUUAACAGAUUAUUGCAACAGUCAAUCACAACAAAGUAUAGAUAUAUUAAAUCAUUUCAUUCAAAUUGAAGACAUGUUUUUUAAAUAUAAAAAUAAAUAUCCAUCACCUUAUUAUUAUUCCAUGUUAAUAUUUUAUUUAUUAAAUAUUCCAGUAGAUUUAUUACCAACUAUAUAUUUUUUAUCAAGGUUACCUAGUAUUAUUACACACAUAAAUGAGCAAAAAGAAAAUAAGAAAAUUGUAAAAUAUUCAUCGGUCUAUGUUGGUAAUGUCCCUACUGAUAUUUAUCAGCCAUGA